GUUAUAUUUUUCUAUUUAAAACAUACAAGGGUUUCUAUUGCAUCAUUAGCACAUCCAAUCUACAUAUUUGAAGCUAACUCUACUCGAAAAUAACGUUUGAUGGCGUGAAUAAUCAGUAUUUAUCGUCUAAUAAGCAAUUGGAGAUUUAUAUAAAAUGGCAACAGAAAGAAACGAUAUUGAAAAAGCAAUACAAUCAAAAACAAAAUCACUGUUUUAGACGCUUGUUUCGCUAUAAAGUAUAUAAAAGACAUGGAUUCUAGAUGAUCCUCUUUUUUUUUCUUUUUUUCUUUUAGUUUUCAAUAUUUACAUUUUCCUAAUACAAAAUGAGACCCGUAAAUGAUAUCUUUGGAUGCAACAGAGGUUCACCACCCAAUUUUAGAGCAGAUAUCAAGGCAGCUCUCGGUGAACUUGUUGGUAUGGCCAUCUUUCUCUUUUUAGCUUUAUCUGGUGUUCAAGGUGGUUUGGAAGCACCUAACUCUGAUCCCUCUGGCCAAGGACCUAAUCCUACCCAAAUUUUGAUUAUUGCCUUCAGUUUCGGUGUAGGUAUUGCAGUUGCUUUGUUCAUUUGCGGUGCUGUUUCUGGUGGUAUUCUCAACCCUGCUGUCUUAUUAAGUUUGAUGAUCACAGGCAACAUCAACUGGCUUCGUGGUAUUCUGUUUUUUAUUGCUGAAAUGGCUGGUGGUAUCCUGGGCGCCUAUUUUUCGAAUUUUGUCACAGCUAAUCAACUUCAGGGUGUCAAUUUGCUUAGCCCAGGUUUCAACUAUGCUCAAGGCUUUUUCGCUGAAUGCUUGUUGACCAUGACCCUCUGUUUGACUGUCUUGUUUAUUAUUGUAGACAAGCACUUAUUGGCUGAUUUCGCUCCCUUUGUCGUCGGUAGCUCUGUCUUUAUUUGCCACAUUAUAGGUGCUCCUAUUGAUGGUACUUCCAUUAAUCCUGCUCGUUCUUUUGCUGCCUCUGUAGUUACUGGCAAAUGGACCAAUCAAUGGAUCUUUUGGUUCGGUCCCCUAACUGGUGGCAUCUUUGCUGUUCUGAUCUAUUUAGGUGUCAAGGUUUUGACGGAAGAAUCUCAAGAAAAGGCCUUGUUACAACAAGCACAAAACCAAGCUAUUUUAGAAAACACAAAGACAGCCCCCACAAACCCCAAUAGUAUUGCUCCCAACCCAAAUUACAAUAAUAUUUCUAACAAUGCUGAUAAUUUUCAUAAUAUUAAUAAUGUUUAAUAAUUUCUGAUACAUAAUAAAGUUCAAUAAUUCACCAGAGAAA